AUCACAUCAAUUUGUUGAUUUACCUCUGGCUUCCGGGCCACCAGCUUCUUCUCUACUCAAGGUGGGUAGUUCUCUCUGGGUACGUACAGAAUGGAGUUCGUCAAGAUUCCUGGGAUGCUUCUUCGAAAAUUCACUGAAGUGCUGCGUGUUUCGCUGUAUAAAGUCGGAUCUAGUCAGAGAUUCUUGUAAUGCGCAUGUCUUUGUUGAUACAGCGAUCCAAGGCAUCUUCACAAAUUUUCCGCAGGUCGCCGGUCAGAUGAACUUCGAGUCCAGACCGAAACUCCAGUAUCCCGCAGGGCUUUGCACAGUAUGGAAAGAAGGGUCUAGCUGCAUAUAACCGGCACUGCGCCUAGUCGCGAAUAUUCACAAAGACAACAACCUAGUGCUAAGGCCACGAGUGGCUUUUUGGAUUGCUUCUGUUAUCGCUGUCACCUGCACACAGAAUUACACGAAGGCCAAUCAGGUGGGGAAAAGCGCAGCUCAAACCGUCAUUGAUUAUGGACGCCUAUACGCUCCAGAAAUCUAUUGGCGUUACGACGCCGCUCGCAGAGUUUUCUCUAGCCUUGCGAUUUGCGGUGACAGUGCCUCACGCAUUUCCGCACGUUCCGCAACACCACACCGAUGCCCGGGCGGCGGAAGAUGCCUGCUGAAUACACUCAUUACACUGGUUUGGCAGGAUCUAGCAUGCAAGCUCAAACUGUCAUGACCAGAACUCGGGCCUUUGAGAAGGUUCGACAUCACCAAGCUCACUGGUUCGUUGAAUGCGUAGCUGAAUUCUCUGGCGUUUUCCUCUAUGUUUUUGCCGGUGGAGGAUCCACGGCUGCGUCCGUCUGUGGUAACAUUCUAGGCCAAAGUCUAUCCUCGGUUUUCCAGAUUGGUGCAGCAUAUGCUAUCGGGAUCGUUCUGGCCCUCAUCAUCUGCUCUUCGACGUCUGGAGGUCACUUCAACCCAGCCGUCACAAUUUCAUUCGUAUUGUUUAAGAAGUUCCCUUCCUUGAAGGCUGUCAGAUAUGUUGUUGCACAGAUACUUGGAGGAUACAUCGCAUGUCUUCUCAUCUACGCUCAGUACCAACAACUAAUUUCUCUGGCUGAAGCGACAUUGGAGGCAGCAGGAGAACUAGAGACCGUCAACUUUACGCCCAAUGGGCCAGCAGGCAUAUUCGCCUUCUACGUGCUUCCGGAAACUAAUCUAGGACAGGCUUUCCUGAACGAAUUCGUCUGUGACUUUCUCCUCGGUGUUACGAUUUGGGCAUGUCUUGACCCAACAAACUUUAUGGCUACCCCAGUCUCUGCUCCGUUCAUUGUCGCACUGACAUACGGUCUGAUGGUCUGGAGUUACUCGCCCGUUGGAGUCGCUGCCAAUUCUGCUCGCGACAUAGGUGGACGUCUUGCUGCGAUCUCCCUAUGGGGUCUGAAAGCUGGCAGUGGACGCUACGCCGCACUUGUCGCCCUUACAAACAUCCCCGCUACUAUCCUUGGAGGGCUGUUCUAUGAGUUCAUAUUCACUGACUCUUCUCGUGUGAUCACCCCGAGUCAUGUGGAUUAUCUGACUGCGCUGCAAAUUCACGCUGAGCAGGAGAACCAAGACGCGAUACCCCACCCUCGAGGGCCGCAGGCUUCUACCACUGAAAUCGGGACUGAGGGAAAGACGCAUGUUGUGACUAUUCAGCAGGUCUAGGUUAGGCUCGUUUUGACAUGCAUUGUCGUUUGUAACCCGAGUCAUAACUGUUUUUUUGAAUUCACUGCAUGACCGCAGUGCCGGAUACCGUUAUCCACUC